CUCAGACUCCUCAGUCUCCUCACGUCGACGUCGUCGUGUUGACAUCACACAUGACCCUGUGAAUGUUGUUACCUAGUGGGAUAAAUUUAUAUGAAUCGGUUUCAUGUAGUAAUAGAGAUCUGAGUCGUUGCCAUGGCAACUUUUAGUGACCUGUUGAUAUGUCUAGUUCUGACAGUAGUGUUUACAAUGUUGCAUGGUAGUCUGUUUGUUUCUUGCGUAAUAAAUGAAAGUUUGUGCUCUAGGAUACCAAACUGUUAUCAUAACCAAUCUGGUUUGUGUACAGCUGGUGAAAAGGGACCUAUUUCCUGUAGCCAUCAGCUGAAAAACAAAGCAAAUGAAGGUGGCCAGUGUUGGAUAGAAAGGAGUGACCCCUCAGAUUGCUAUAUUGCGACCCCAUCUGAUAUAUCUGGACCAGAUGAAUUACCUUUUGUUUUGCAGAUGUACUACCACAGAACAUGGAUGGAAUCAAGGGCAGUUUUGAACUUGACUUUUCCAUCACCAACAUGGCAUAGUGUAAAAUUCCAGUACCAAGCUCAUGAAAACAGAACCAGAGUUCUCUGUCGGGAGAUUACUUUAACAAAUGUCAGUCUUCCUCUGAUGGAUGACUUGAUGUGGGACUGCCCUUUCUUUGAUGUUUCAUACUACGAAAACCAUAGUUUUGAUUUGUCUGUCAUAACAAAUGAAGGAAUUGGUGGAAAGUAUGCAUUCAGAGCCCCUGAGAAAGUACGGUUUGAUCCUGUCAAUACCAAGUUAAAAGACUGGCAGGUAUUUUUCUUUCUUCAUGUUGAUCAUAUCCAUCAUUCUGCAAACUUGCCAGUGACAGUUCAGCUUGUUCAAUUCAAUAAUAUUUCAUACAAUAUAUCUUUGAUGAAGUGCCUCCAGGAUGAUUAUAUUUGUGACCAGCGUUCAACACUUACAUCCAUUUUAUUAGAAAACCCUGAAAUUAAUGCAACCACUUUGGGUGAUAUCAAGCAGAUAACAUCCUUGUUACAAUCUUGGAGUACUCCUGCAACGUACAUAGUGAGUGUGCAGAUAGUUUCAUCUGACUGCCAAGAUGGUUGCUUUAUAUCUUUAUCUCCAGUUUUUGUGAUCAGGAGAAGCCAGAUAGGACUGUGGAUUAGUGUGGCCUUUGUGUUAUUUGUGAUGUUUGUAUUUGCAUAUAUUGUAACCCUUCAUCACAGAACUAAAACAAACAAAAAGCUGUUAACAUCUUUAAAAUACAACCAACCAACAGUUUUACUACUGUAUUUGCCAGAGAACGAAAUAUGCUUGGAGUUGGUGGAAAUGUUUGCCAGUUUCCUAAAGGAGAAAUGUUAUGUUCAUCCGUAUGUUAUUGACACAGAUGUAGGAAGUCAGAAUCCAAAUACUUGGACAAGUGAACAUAUGAAUAUUGCUGACAAGUUGCUGUUCAUUGUACCUGGUAAUCCUAAUGGUAUUAGUGUUACCCCAAGAAGAGACCAAUGGGUGUAUGCUUUGCAGUACUUCUCUGGUCAUUAUUUUUUCACUAAUCAUGCUAAAACAAAAUCUGCUACAGUUCUCCUUCCAUUCAGUGCUGAUGUGCCUCAUGAAAUUGGUAAUGUGAGAAGAUUUAAUCUAGUUAGUGAAAUGCCAUCUCUUGUGACCUGGAUACAUGGUGGAAGUUGGUGGGACCAGAAACUUCUAUGGGGACCAGAAAUUAGGUCAGCAUCCAAAAAUUCAAAUGCUCCUUCCAUGGCAAAGCUUUUGGAAAUUGUGAAUCAAGCUUCACAAGAAACAAAGUGUCACAAAGGAGUUGGUAAAACACUGCAUAGUGAACAAAAAUUCUUGGAAAGUAACAAUUUUGGUGGGAUAGACACUGAAUCACAAGCUCAUGCCAGAAAUAAUGAUUGCAAACAUAAGCUAAUUGACACAGAAGAUUCCAGUGAUACAGAAUUAGCUAGUGAAUGUGGUGGAAAUGAGUUUGAUCCUAAUAUUGUAAGUGCUCAAGACAUAUUAGAGAGAAGUGAAGCACCUUGCAUGGAUGAAAGUGACCAUGAUUCAGAUAAUAGUUCAGGUCUUGAUGAUGCUUAUUUUUUGUAGUAAAUUUGAGAAUAAUUUUCACGUUUUAAGCAUUAUUGCACUUUGUUUUUAAGAACAGAUAUAUUUAAAGAUUAGGAUUACUUGUUCAGAUUUGUGUUCUGUCUAAACAAUUAUUUUUUUUUUAUUAAGGUUAAAAUCAUAUAAGUAGUUUUUAUACCAGAUUUUAACAGCUUAAAUACUUCUAUUUAUGUAUCAAAAAAGUUUUUAAUUUACAAGACCAUAUUCUCAAAUAUUUGAGAUGAUAGUUGGCAGAGUUGUACGUUCCCAGGGGGUUGAGUAAAACAAUAUCAUUAGAGAUCACAAAAAAUGAGCUGCAGUUUUCUACAUGAAAAAGUGGCAAAUCUUGGCUGUUGAUCGGCCACCAAGUUUCUCAGAAGAUGGAUCUGCACAGCUGGCUUCAUGUUCAUGUACUUACUUUAGCCCAGCGGCUUCACGUUGGAAAUAAGUCCAUUGCCAUCUGAAUGGUUAAAAUUUGGUGGGUUGGAUACUCAGAAAUUUUCUUUAUAAAGGCAAAAAUACUUGAUAUGGUACAAUAUACAAUCUAUCUCAAAUAACAGGUAUGUAACUCAAAACUAAUAAUGCAUAUGGUGUGGUCAUAUAAGAUAUCUAUGUACUUGUAAAAAUCUCUCAACUGCAUGUUUGUAAAUAGCCUAGAUUGUCUCGCUUCUUCUGUUAUAGUACUGAAAUUGCUUUCAAUAAGUUGAAAACAAUUUCGCAUAGUAUUACAAUGGGGGGCAGUCAUUCAUGGGGGAUGCAUACCAGAAAACAAAAACAAACAAAAAAAAGCAUACCGGAACCCCACCUCCCCCAUGAAUAGCUAGAAUAUGCAAAUGCUUAGAACCCCUGUAAUAAAAAUGCUGCUUAAAACUGCCUAUUUUGUUAGUUCAAACUCAAGAAACCCCCACUAAAAAUGCUUAUAACUGGGUUUUUAAAUAGUUUUAUCACAAAAAGUGCAUUUAAUAAUGGAAUUGAUAUGAAAAUUCAGUAAUUUGUAGAUAUUUCUCAUAGAAAAAUACCGCAAAUACACGAGUUUCCCAUGAUAAUGGGUAUAUAAGGUCCAUAGAGAAAUCUGCGAAAUGGGAGCUUAGCAUGACUCAUGGUUUUCAACUUGGGUAACUAUCUGCAGGUUAUGACUCAUGUUUCUGCUUUUCAUUAUUUUUUUACUUUUUGCAUCUUUAUAAACAUUUGAUUAUAUCAGUAUCCUUUUCCUGUACUGUAUUGUUUUCUCUAAACAAUAAUAAUAGUGUAAUUUGGCUGAAAAUCUUUCCUUAAAAAACUCAUGUUUCCUUUGAACUAAUCUAUUUAAUACUAUACAGUAUGAUACAGCAGUACAGUACUAGAAUUUUCUCUCAUUGAUUUCAUUAUAUUUGCAGUACAAUAACAUAUAAUUGCAUUACUCACCAUGGUUUGUAAGUAUCUGCGGGUUGUCAUUUUGCAACAGAGGAAUGGUAAAAUGAUAUUGUUAUUGUACAAUAAAGUUUCAUACAUACUUACCUGGCAGAUAUAUACUUAGCUAUAGACUCCGUCGUCCCCGAUAGAAAUUCGAAUUUCGCGGCACACGCUA